UUUUUGGAAUGCUUGGGGAGGGCUGCUCCUGAGGCCUCUGGAGGCCCGCCCUAUGGAUCCGGCGCGCUCUGAGCGACCUUCUCGGUCCCGCCCACGGACGUGGCAGUAGUCUGCAGGCGUCACCCGGUGUAGCCGCCGCUGCUUCGCAGAGCCUCGUGACCAGGAAGAAAAGCAACUAGGAACAAUGAGGUUCCUCUUCUUCCUGUUCGUUGCUGUUGUUCUCCUUUUAUCCUUGGGCUCUGGAAAAGCUAUAUACAAGAAUGGUGCUUCUCAGCGAACAUUUCAAGAAAUAAAAGAAGAAAUAGCCAACUAUGAAGAUGUUGCUAAAGCAAUUAUCAACCUUGCUGUUUAUGGUAAAUACCAGAACCGGUCCUAUGAGCGUUUGGGAGUUCUAGUUGAUACUGUUGGACCCAGACUGAGUGGAUCUAAGAACCUAGAGAAAGCUAUCCAAAUCAUGUACCAAAACCUUCAGCAAGAUGGGUUAGAAAAUGUCCACCUGGAGCAGGUCAGAAUACCCCACUGGGAGAGGGGAGAAGAAUCUGCAGUGAUGCUGGUGCCUCGAAUUCAGAAGAUGGCUAUUUUAGGUCUUGGCAGCAGCAUUGGGACUCCCCCAGGAGGCAUCACAGCAGAAGUGCUGGUGGUGGCCUCUUUUGAUGAACUUCAAAGAAGGGCAUCAGAGGCAAGAGGGAAGAUCAUUGUUUAUAACCAGCCUUAUACUGACUAUGGGAAGACAGUGCAGUACCGAGUGCGGGGAGCUGUGGAAGCUGCCAAGGUGGGAGCUGUGGCCUCCCUUAUUCGAUCAGUAACUUCCUUUUCUAUCUACAGUCCUCACACAGGUGCUCAGGAAUAUCAAGAUGGUGUGCCCAAGAUUCCAACAGCCUGUAUUACAGUAGAAGAUGCAGAAAUGAUGUCACGAAUGGCUUCUCGUGGGGACAAAAUUGUCAUUCACCUGGAAAUGGGAGCAAAGACCUAUCCAGAUACUGAUUCCUUCAAUACUGUUGCAGAGAUCACUGGGAGCAAAUAUCCAGAGGAAGUUGUCCUGGUCAGUGGACAUCUGGACAGCUGGGAUGUUGGGCAGGGUGCCCUGGAUGAUGGUGGUGGAGCCUUCAUAUCCUGGGAAGCACUCUCACUUGUUAAAGAUCUUGGGCUGCGUCCAAAGAGGACUCUACGCCUGGUGCUCUGGACUGCAGAAGAACAAGGAGGAAUUGGUGCCUCCCAGUAUUAUGAGCUACAUAAGGCAAAUGUUUCCAAGUACAGUUUGGUGAUGGAGGCUGACUCCGGAACCUUCUUACCCACUGGGCUGCAGUUCACCGGCAGUGACAAGGCCAGAGCUAUCAUGAAGGAAGUCAUGAAUCUCCUGCAACCCCUCAAUGUCACCAAGGUCUUUAGUAAUGGAGAAGGAACUGAUAUUAACUUCUGGAUCCAAGCUGGAGUGCCUGGAGCCAGUCUGCGUGAUGACUUGUACAAAUACUUCUUUUUCCAUCAUUCCCAUGGAGACACCAUGACUGCCAUGGAUCCGAAGCAGAUGAACGUUGCUGCUGCUGUUUGGGCUGUUGUUGCUUAUGUUGUUGCAGACAUGGAAGAAAUGCUGCCCAGGUCCUAAGGAGAACAAGAAGGAAGGACCUUGUUCUCUGUAACCGUAACCGGGAGUUCCCACUCUAAAUCUUCACAACACCCAUCUUCACGAAACAGUAUUAUAUACUUAAUCCACAGGGCACAGUUUUCUUUAUACCUUCUGUUAUACAUCUUUCCUUGAUAUUUUCUUACCUGUUUCUAGAAUAAGUAAUGAUCCCCACUGCACCAGCUUGAAAUUAUUUUUUCCAGCUUAAAAAUAAACAAUAAAUAUCUGAAAAGCUUCUGAUUUUCCUCAUUAAUUUAUAAACAUGAAAUUAAAUGUAAUAAGA